AUGGAUUCUAUGGCUGAGAUCAGACGAAAAAUAGACUCUGGAUAUACAAUUUCAGUAGCUGCUGCGAUGGACAAUCUAGUUAAUGUGAUUAAAACUAAAAUCAAAGGACACCGUUCUGACAUGACAAAUAUUCCUGAAAUGUUACUCCUUCAAGAGUAUUGUUGUCACCAAAAUCCAAUCAUCUGUACUACUGCAUUAAGAGCCUUGUGUACAUUCAUGUUGUCUAAUAACUAUCAAAACCAAUUGCUAAUUGACUGGUUAGUCAUCCUAAAUCCUCAAAUUAAAUGUAGAAUUGGAUUUAUACAAGAAAUAUUUGAAUUAAUAGUUUUUGGGUUGAAAAAUAAAGAGAAUACUAACAGUAACAACAUCAACACUCUGGUUGACAUUCUAAUAAAAAUAAUGGACGAAAGUAUUGAAGAUUGGCAUGCAAUUUUUUUUCAUAUGAAAAUCAGUACACAUUGUGAUGAUCAUGAGUUUAUUACUGGCUGGUUGAAUGUUACAAAACGAUUAUUUAAAUUCAUAUUUUUGUCUCAAACAUCCUCAAAUCAUCGUACUUCGUUUGUCCGACUGUUUGUGGAAAUACUCAACUGUGCAUCUGAUUAUGAUUUAUUAUUUGAAAUCUAUUCUUGGCUACAGGUUGAUAAACUAGAUGACAUUCUAUUUUUAAACAAUUUUUUAGGAGAAUUUUGUGACACAAUCCCUGAUACACUACAUGAAACAAAAUACAAUUUAUGUUUGUGUGUAAUUCAAACAUCAAUUCAACUUAUUGCACAUGGUUUCGACCCAACAUCCAUGUUCCAACGCUUGAAUAGUCUUUUGAUAUUAUGUCCUUGUGCAUCUGAUGUUUUAUUGUUAUGUUGUUCCAGAAUUCUAAGUUUAUGCUCUUCAAAAUUUGUACUCAAAACUAUUGACUUCUGUUUGAAUGUUGUUAAAAAAUAUGGAUGCCAUAAAAUAAUUGCUCAGACUGUCGUAGCAAGUAUCUUACAAUGGAAUCGUACUAAAUUAAUUGAUGAUGACAAAAUGGCUAUGAUUUUAUCAACUUUUAACUCUGAUAUUGCUAUAUCCAGGGUAUGUGCUAAAAAUCAUAAAUUAUUUCCAUUUUUAUCAAGCGAUUCAUUUUUAAUUACAUCAUACUCACUUAUCAAACUAUGUCCAGAAUUUAAUAAUAAGCAAUUUAUCUCAAAAUGGUUGUCCGAGAUUAAUCAUACCAGUGAUUUAUUAGAUAAUACUAUGUUUAAUUUAUAUUUGGCUGGUCUUUACUUAAGUAAAAUCUGUGAUCGCUCUCAACAACAAAUUGUAUUAAAGUUAUUGAAUAAACAGUAUUUGUUGCCAUUAAUUUCAUAUGCUUUGGAUCUGGAAAUAAGUCAUUAUGGUCGUUUUGAUUUAAUGAAAGUCAUACCUACUGCAGCUUGUAAACCAGAAAACAUUUCAUUGGUAAUAAAUUUUAUAAAACGUUUUGAAAAUAGCGAUGAUGAAGCACUGAAUAAAUUAAGUAUCAAUAUGUAUUAUGACUUAUGGAUAACAGAAGUUAGAUGUUACAGAUUUUUAUUAUAUUGUUUAUCCAAAGAUAAACCGGGUUGGCAGUGGAAUGUUGUUAAGUCAUACACUAUUAGAAAAAUGGUGAAAUCAAAUCCUAAUUCAGAUUUGGUUUCUGUUUUGAAACAAAUGCUUGGAUUUUACAUAAAACACUCUAUGUACUUGCCAUUGAAAUUUACAUUGGAAUCUUUAGUAGAUUUGUGUCUUGCCGAGUAUAUGAAUCCAGAAUCUCUUUUAAAAGUGAUUGAUAAUAAUAUUUUAGACGUUCACCAUCCUUCUGUUAUAUCUAGUUAUUGUAAUUUGUUAAUGGUGUUAUGUAACCAAACAACAGAAAAUGAAAAACGCAGUGAAUUUUUCAAAAAAUUAUGGUCCAUGGUAUUACACACCAAUGAUAGUACUGUUAAAUGUGCUCUUAAGUCUUUAUCCAAUACAGAUUUAGAAACCAUGACCCUUGGUGUUUUACCUAAAACAUUUCAAAGUUAUCCAAAAGUUGGGACACAGUUGGAGGAUUCAGAAAAAUUAGAUUUAUUUAAUGGACCUAUACCAGGAGAGUGUUGGGUAAAAUUUCUUCAAAAUAUUAACAAAUCCUUUAUCAAUGAAGCUCAAAUGACGUUAUCAGUUUGGCUUGGACGAGAAUUGGAAAAAUAUGUCAUAAUAAGAGUCCAAUCAGACCAUGAACCAAAACAUUUAAAGCAUCUUUCCGAACAAAGCAUUGCCCGAGGAUUAAUGUCAUUUAUUGUUCCAAAACGAAAACAAAUGUUGGAUGUUGAUGAAGAUACCAAAGUGACUUGUUUAGGUGUCAUUAAUGGUGCUGAUAAACCAAUGUAUCCAUUUGAUUGGGGUUUCUUAGAAAAAUAUGUGACUGAAGGGCCCAAUAGCAAGCUUUGGAAAGAGUCAGUUAUAUUAAUUGCAAAGCAAUCAACCAAAUCUACUUCAGCAUUUCGACUUCUAUACAAGUGUUAUGAUCACCACUCAAAUUUUGAUACAAAUCAAAUUAAAUUACUGGUUACAAUAUUAUAUAAAGUUUCCAAUAUUAUUUUUCAUGAUUUACAAAAGCAAUUUGUAACAGAAGUAAUUAAUGGAAUUUUAAAUAACAUACAUGAAACAAAUUCUAACAACAAUUUAGAUGUUGACUUGCUAUGUCAUAUUUUAUCAGAAUUUAAACAAACAUUACAAAGUCCCCAAACAAAUAUGGAAAAUGUACACUUUGUUUGUAAUAUUUUACAAAAUAUAUGGUGUACAAUCAAUUUGGAAAAUAAGGAAAUACUUUAUGCGUUCCUUGGUUGCUGCAUAGCCAUGCCAGCUGACAUACUGAAAAACUUAAGACCUUAUCCUGUUCAAGAAUCAAUGCUACCAAAGUUUGUAAUUCUUUGCUGUGCACAGAAUUUUAUUUAUAGUAACACAUCUUUUGAUUCACUGAAUGAAUGUAUUCAAGCAUGUAAUCAAUUUUUCAAAAAUUACAAAUUUUUGUAUGACACGGCUAUUGAAGUCUUUAAACUCGAGAUGUUUAUUCCAUAUCAUCAUGAGUUUAUAGCUAAUUUCAUGAUUUAUCUAACCAGUUUCACAAAGAAAACAAAUACCUUGACAAAUGAUUUAUUUGAUGUAUUGUGCUCAAUUUUCAUUAAUCUCAUAGUCACAUUAUCAGGAUAUGCCAGUGUAAGUUUCACUAAUAACAGAAAACUAAAUUGUUCAGUAUUUCCUGUAGCUUUAGCAACAUAUUCUAAAAAUACAUCACAGUCUUUUAGGAUUAUUGAAUGGCUUAAAACUAUGAUAACCAUUUCAUCUUUGCCAGAAGAAUAUUCUAAACUGUUCUACUGUUGUUUAGCUGCAUUUAAAAAUGACAAAUGUUUAUUAGUAUGGACAAACAGAAAAAAAAUCAUAUUACACUGA